AUCAGAAGCAACGCUGAUUCCAGCGGAGAAAGGAGGCGGAGGGAAGAAUGCUGCGGGAUGCUCAUUGUUAUGGCUGUCAAACCCCCACUGAAGACGGGAUAAAGAACCAGCUGGUUUCAUGCGAGGUUGAAGCGGAGGAUUAACGCCAUGUCCGCCGCAGCUGUCGCGGUGUUGCUCGGAGCGGUCAUCACCAUCCUGUCAAGAUGCCACGCAGAACGUAACGUCUACCCAUCUGCUGGAGUUCUGUUUGUCCAUGUUCUGGAGAGAGAGCACUUCAAAGGAGAGUUUCCUCCUUACCCCAAAUCAGCAGGCGUCUCCCCAGGUGAUGCCAGCAAUGAUCCAAUCACCUUUAACACCAACCUGAAAGGCUACCCCGACAGACCAGGCUGGCUGCGCUACAUCCAGAGGACUCCUCUCGGCGACGGCGUCCUCUAUGGUUCUCCUACCGCAGAGCAUGUUGGAAAGCCCACUGUGAUAGAGAUUACUGCCUAUAACAGACGCACGUUUGAGACGGCACGGCACAACCUGGUCAUUAACAUCAUGGCAACAGAAGAGUUCCCGCUGCCUUACCAGGCUGAAUUUUACAUCAAAAACAUGAACGUGGAGGAGAUGCUGGCCAGUGAGGUGCUGGGAGACUUUCUGGGUGCAGUGAAGAAUGUGUGGCAGCCUGAGCGACUCAAUGCUAUCAACAUUACCUCUGCGUUGGACCGCGGCGGCCGCGUGCCUCUGCCUAUCAACAACCUAAAGGAAGGUGUAUAUGUGAUGGUUGGUGCGGACGUUCCCUUCUCAUCGUGCCUGCGGGAGGUGGAGAACCCACAUAACCAGCUGCGCUGCAGUCAGGAGAUGGAGCCUGUCAUCAGCUGUGACAAGAAAUUCAGAGCUCAGUUUCACAUCGACUGGUGUAAGAUCUCCCUGGUUGAUAUCAACAAAGUGGUCCCUGUGUAUAUCACCCGCCCCGAUCCGGGCACAGGAAUACUCCCCGAGUUCGGGGAGUACAACCCUCCGUCAGAGUCUCUGAAGAGCCGCGACUAUUUCUCCGACUUCCUGGUAACGCUGGCUGUUCCUGCCGCUGUGGCAGUCGUCCUCUUCUUCAUCCUCGGCUACACCAUGUGCUGCAGACGGGAAGGGGUGGAAAAAAGAAACAUGCAAACACCAGCCAUCCAGCUGGUUCAUCACAGCGCCAUUCAGAAGUCCACCAAGGAGCUACGGAGCAUGUCAAAGAACCGCGAGAUCUCCUGGCCUCUCUCCACCCUGCCUGUCUUCAACCCAGUCAGCGGAGAGGUGGUGCCGCCCAUACACCCUGACAGCUACGAGACCACCAGCAUGCCACUCAUGCAGACACAGACGAAUUUGCAGAAUCAGAUCACGAUACCACAGCAAAGGCCGUCAGGAGAUAAUUAUGUCAUGUCGACGUUUCGAAGACUGGAGGUAAAUGGUAUCCCUGAAGAAAGGAAGGUGGCUGAAGCACUUAACCUAUGACCAGAAGCAGCAGCGUAGGAACCGCCUUCCUCCUCUCUGUCAUGUUUUCUAAUAUUUGUGCCAAAAAUUAGGUAGCAUAUGAACAAAGGAUGCGACUGCCAUAUAAUGUAUGAAUCCUCCAACGAUGUCAGUUAUGGUAAUCCCACGUUGUUUCCCAGACACUUUUCAAUGCUUUCUAGUAACAUUCAGUGUUUUUCUGGCAUGUAAACAUGGGAUCGAUUCAAGUUGCAAUAUUCUAGAUAUAUAUUUGCAUUCCUGGUGCCAAUCUGCAUGUCAUAUGAAAGAUUUUAAUAAUAUAUGACCUUUAAACUUACCUUUGUAAGAAUAUGGUCCAUGAUUAAAAGAGUUGGGUUUAUGUUAAACAUGUCGCCAUCUUUGUUUGCACAAUGUAACUCAAGAGUAAAAACCUGUAAUGUUCCAAUUUGAUGUAAUAUAUGUUGGUAAUAAAAUCUUUACCAAUUGUCAA